GGAAUCAUGUACAAUACGAUGUAAAGAUAGAAAGCCUCAACAAGCUUCAGCUGACACAGCUGAGUCUCAACUCUAUCUUCUCAUCGGUGGGAGGUUGCCAGGAGAGACAAAGUGUCAGUGAACAUGGACGCCUUAAGUUGCUUGGUUCUGGCAUGGAGGGCGUUGUUGACAUAGAUCUGGCACCCGCAGUCACCUGCGGGGCAUUGUACGACCCAACCGUGGUGUUACUCGAAUUUAACUUCUUGUGCGAAUACAGUGCGGGAGCAGCACAGCGAAGACGAAGACAAAUCACCAAUGUGCAGGGCUCAUCCAGUGUGGGCCGGCUGCAGAAAGCAAUCUCCGUGAAGAAGGCCACGACGGAUACGUAUGCUGAAACGGCAACAGCAGCUGACAUUGUCGCUAACACGACAGCCACGACCAAUACUACCACAGAAGCGACCAAUGUGUCCCAGGAACAGAGUACCUCAGUCUCUAUGGGUAUCAUUAUUGGCGUGGUGGUGGGCGUACUGGUUCUUAUCGGCCUGAUCGCCUGUCUAAUAAUGUAUUGGGUAAUGAGACGCAAUCGCAAAAAGAAGGCUCAACGGAAGCAGCCUAUCAUAGUGACCCAACUCUCGCAAGCGAAUUCAGUCUUCGGAGUUAUGUCCAAGGACAAUAUGAACGCCGCGAGUCAAACGUUAUUUAGACUGAAGUCUUGUCCCGGGAUAGACGGAGCUGAUCAGAUGGUAAUGGAGGCUGUCGGUGUGAUGAAUGAUGACGGAACAGUGGGCAACAUACUUCAAGCGCCCAGAACAGCAGAUCCAUAUUCUGGUUCCGGCCCAAAGGCAUUCACCUUCGACACGGGGGCUCAAUCAUUAAACGCUAAGUCGGCUGAACAGUUGAACUAUCAUAUCCAAGAACUGGAGAGGCGGAAGCGUCUCCUCAAAAUCCAGCAGCUCAACAGGGAUAUCAGUGUGCUCAGCACGGGCGGUGGUGUUGGUGACGGCGCUGGGGCGUAUCGGUACAACGAUCAACAACCUGCAUAUGGCGACCUUAGUGCGUUGCGCUCCAGGAAUGGCGGUGGUCCACAGGGCACUACAAAAGCGCUUUCACAAGGCCCCCCUUCAUCUAACGGUGUCUCGUCAGACGGCAGUUUUCCUUCUCGCCGCAAGUCAAGUGCCGAGAUUUCUGCACAGUCUUUCAUUGUGGAGGAAGAGUACCUGCACCAACCAGACGCCUCUCAAAUGAGAGGACAUCACGGAAAUAAGCCACACAGUCCACCUGCUAGCAGACGGAAGAGUGUGGGUUCAGUUUCGAACCAGGACUCUGGGUAUGGCAGUCUGCAAUACAGUCGCAGCCGAUCAAAUCGCAGUUAUAACGGGCAUUUGAUGCAACACAAUACUCACAUGAAUCAAGAGCUACAAUAUACUAUUGAGGCAAACGAACCGCUGGCAGAUGAUAAAUUCAACAACAACAAUCUUCCUCCGGUAGUCAUUAUGAAGCCAAUGCCGGCCAUGCAGGCGGGUGGGAAAGCAGCUGACAACGGCGAAAACAAAUUACGACUAAAGAAGUCGAAAUCGAAGAAGACGAAGACGAAGAAAGCAGUAGAGGGUUCGCCAUCUACAGUGGGCACAACACCAGCAGGAGAAACAACACCUGCGGGUGCAGUGGAUGUGCGUCCAAGCACUGAAUCUCUGUUUGAUAUGACCGCGUUUCAAGCAGUUUGA